UUCUUUCUUUCUCAAUAUUUUCUCAGAUCCCAAACAACCUUUCCUCUCAUUCGACAUGAUCACGCUCGUUUGAGAUCCUUCAUUUUGUUUUGUACAGCCAAAAACCAAUAACACAACAAAAAUAAGGGGGAAGAGAGGGAGACCUAGAAAGGCCAAACGCCAUGAACGACUUCGAGGGUCUCUUGGCCUCCGAUUUCGGAUUCAAACCCUCAGGCAAAUCGGCCCCAAUGUCUGCUUCUUCAGCUAAUUCUUCAAAGGCCCCAAACUUCGAUCUCGGAUCUAGUGGGCCCUCCCGAUCAACUCGCGCCACCAAUUCCUUCAGUGGGUCUCUCGCCGACGAUCGCGAUUCGAUCUUCGGACCCUCAAAAACCCAAGACUUUGGCGAUAUCUUCGGCGGCUCGGCGAGGUAUUCGACCAAAUCGGAGAGCCGUGGCGAGGAUGCGGCUUUCAACUUCGACUCUAUGUUUGGCGGGUCUACUGAUUCGGUUCCAAAGUCGUCGAAUCCAGGGCCCGUUUACGAUAAACCCGUUUACGACGACGACAUUUUCGAUGGCGUCCCGGGGCUGAAGAGCACGUCUUCAAAAGUCAAGUACGAGGACGUUUUCUCCACGGUCAAGUCGCCGCCGUCCAAGGGGAGUAGUAGUGGAUUUGAUGACCUUCUUGGCGGCUUUGGUAAGGUAGAGCCCCAAUUGAAGAGCUCAGGUUCCAGAGGAUCGGAUAGAGCUGAGAAGGUUGUGCCGGGUCUCGAUGAUUUGUUACCUGGGUUUGGAGGUAGUAACCCCGCUAGUGAAAGGUCAACCUCGGAGGCCAAUUGGCCCCCUCAAACGAAUGCCAAUAAUCUGUCUAAAACAACCUCCAAGGUGAUGGAAGAUCCUUUUGUAGUAUCAGGGCAGUUUAAGGAUCCCUUGGAAGAAAUAAGUAGACUUUCUAAAUCUGCAAGCUCAAAGGUUGAUAGUCCAUCUGUUGAUAAUGGGCAAGCAUUUGAUGAUAUUGAUCCCUUUGAUGGCCUUGGGAAGUCAGUCCCAGCAUUUUCAUCGGGAAGAAAUUACAGGGGAAAGGAUAGUGGCAAUUUAAGGGCAGAUACAAGCACAAAUAACAGCAGAGCUUCAACUGCUAAAGAAUCAACUGAGAAGCCUUCUGUGAGAAGUCCAGAUAACCAGUCUCAGAAGAAGGUUCCUGUUGGCAAUCAUUGGGAUUCUCAUCAGACCUUGUUUGACAUGCCUACAGUUUCAACUGAUUCUCAGAAAUCAGCUGGUCAAACUAUGUCUCCACCUUCCUAUGUAAAUGCUAGUCCUAAGGGAGCAAAUGUAUAGGUGGAUAGGUCUCCAAGAUCUGAAGAAAACUUGGAUUCAUCUGAUUAUCUAUGGCUCACUGUUUCAGAGAUCCCUCUAAUGACUCAGCCCACUAGUGCUCCACCACCGUCAAGACCACCUCCUCCAAGGCCAGUGCAGGUUUCGAAGGCAAGAAUGGGUUCCCCUGCUACCACAAAUGCGAGAAAGAAGGCUAGUGAAUCUUCUACUCAGUUCUUUCAAGCUCCGAAGUCUGCUCCUGCUGCAGCAAGGGGCCCAGGUGUCUCUUCAAUUGACGAACUUGAGGAUUUUGCUAUGGGUAAGAGCCAAAGUAACUUUGAUGAACAUGCAAAUGGUCUUUCUGGUGAAGAAUUGGAGAUGAAUUCAGUUGCUACUGCCAUGAAGGAGGCUAUGGAUAGAGCUGAGGCUAAAUUCAGACAUGCGAAGGAAGUGAGAGAGAGAGGAAGUACAAAGGCUGCUAGAAGUAAAGAAGCACAGCUAGAAAAGGAUGAGAAAGCUAUGCAGGAUGAGAAAGAGCUUAGAUAAAAACAGGAGAGGUUGGAUAGUGAACGGCUGCAGAGGGAAAGUGAAGAGGAAGAUAUGGAACAAAGUAGAGUGGAGAAAGAGAGGGAAAUUGAGAGGGCUUGGGAAGAGAAAGAGAGAGAACAAAGGAAACUUGAAAGGGAAAGGGAAAGAACCAGAGAAAUGGAGAGGGAAAGGGAUAAGGCCAGACAAGCUGUGGAAAGGGCUACUAGGGAAGCACGAGAGAGAGCAGCUGCUGAAGCUCGCAUAAAAGCUGAACGGGCUAAAUCAGAGAGAGCUGCUGUAGACAAGGCAACUGCUGAAGCUAGAGAACGUGCUGAAAGGGCUGCAGUUCAGAGAGCUCAAGCUGAAGCUCGGGAAAGGGCUGCAGUGGAGGCAAAGGAAAGAGCAGAAAAGGCUGCUGCAGAAGCCAGAGAAAGAGCAAAUGCUGAAGCAAAGGAGAGGGAAGCAAGGGAGAGAGCUGCUGCAGCAAGGGCUGGAGCUGAAGCACGAACAAGAGCUGAACGCGCUGCAGUAGAAAGGGCUGCUGCAGAGGCACGAGAAAGGGCUGCUGCAGAGGCUCGAGAAAGGGCUGCUGCUGCUGCUGCAAGGGCGAACCAACAAAAGAGUGAAAAUGAUCUUGAGCACUUUUUCAGCAUGGGUCGAGCUAGCAGUGCACCACGACCUAGGGCUAAUUCCUUGGACCCAUUUCAGAACAGGCAAGAGCCUGAAGUUCCAAAGACAUCAAGCACUGCUUCCUCGAAUAUAAGAAAAGCAAACUCAACCACAAAUAUUGUUGACGAUCUUUCAGCAAUUUUUGGAGCUGCUCCAUCUUCUGGAGGAGAGUUCCAGGAAGUUGAAGGAGAAACUGAAGAAAGGCGAAGAGCCAGGUUAGAACGACACCAAAGGACCCAAGAGCGUACGGCAAAAGCACUGGCUGAAAAGAAUGAGAGAGACCUUCACGCCCUAAGAGAGCAAGCUGAGAGACAUAGGAUUGCUGAAACACUAGAUGUUGAGAUCAAGCGUUGGGCUGCAGGGAAAGAGGGGAAUUUGCGUGCUCUGCUGUCGACCAUGCAAUAUGUUCUCUGGCCUGAAUGCGGUUGGCAGCCAGUUUCUUUGACUGAUAUGAUUACUGCUGCCUCAGUUAAGAAAGUAUAUAGGAAGGCAACUUUGUGUAUUCAUCCUGAUAAAGUACAACAAAAAGGUGCCAAUCUUCAACAGAAGUAUAUAGCCGAGAAGGUGUUCGACCUCCUUAAGGAAGCUUGGAACAAGUUCAAUUCAGAGGAGCUUUUUUGAAACCCUUAAAUGAUUCUACUGCUUCGAGUUACUUCAUUUGGCAACCAGAUCAUUUGUCAUAAGGGAAGAAGAAUCUUCGCUUCUUUUUAGAAGAAAGACUUCGCAUCGGUGAUGGUGGAAAUUUUGAUUGAAUUUGAAAAUAUAUUGAGAGAGGCUUCCAUUUGCCACUGAGAUGCCUGGAUGGUAUUCUCUUAUAUUUCCCUUUUUAAUUCCCCUCUCUCUCUUGUAAUUGUUUAUUUAGGGGAUCCAGGGGUUUUAUGAUGUUUGAAAGAUCGCUUUAUGAAAAAUGGGAAAGGCUGGUUGAUGUAGAAUGCCAUAUUGUGUGGUAUUGCACAAAA